UGGAGAAAGGAGACUCUUAUGACUCGAUGUAGCAGCAUGUCGAUUUACUCCAUUCAGUGCGUGAUACUUAGCCCCGCAUGUGUGGCUACCGUCUCUCUUCGGCCUUACGAAUCAAAUUCAGUAACUUAAUAAAUAUUGUGCAAAAAAAAAGACGGUGCAAAUAUUGUGAAAAAAUAAAUAUAAAAAAUCAAAAUUUUAAUUCAAUUGAACAAGACAAAACAUUCUCAUAAUUAAUAAACAUUUUUUUUAAAAGUACAAAAAUUGUGCAACGAUUUUUAUAAUUGAUUUUUUUUUUAUUCAUUUAACAUUUUUUACAUCGAAAGAUUUGGUUUAGUGGUUGUAAAUGAUUUUUUGUUGUUUGUCUAAAAAAAAACAAAUUUUUAUAUAUCAAAAUUCAUAUAACAAAGGAGUAUUCAAAGUGAGAGUAAUAAUUUAAAUCGGUGUUAUCAAUUACCAUUGAAGAAGAAGAAGAAGGCACAUUGCUGUUAAAAAGAAAGUAUCCAACGACUCGUAACACUAGAUAAAAAUCGACGAGUAUAAGUGGCAGGAACACGUGUGAAUACUUGCGGGUGUUUGCAUUUAUAUAUUUCUCAAGGACGACUUAAAGUUUCCGCAACUAAAAAUUUUUGAAACUCUUUAAUAAAAAAUGAAGCUGGUAACUAUAAAUGGAAAAAUUAAUUUUUGUCUUGUUGUAAAAAAAAAAUUUUAAAUUAUAUUACAAGGAGUAUAAAUAAGAAGUUUUUAAAAUGAAUAAACAAGCAGUUUUUUUAUUAACCUUAUGUUGGGCGAUCGUUUAUUCAAAAAAUGAGUCCAACAUUCAAAAGGUGAAUAGUCGAAGGAUGUCAGAAAUUGAGGCUAAUAUGUCAAAUUUUAGUGAAAAUGAAAAAGGUUUUGUUAACGAUGAGAAAGUUAAACGAAAUCACAGUACAAUGAAUUCUUAUGAAAAAAGUGAUAAGAAUUUAUUAUUUACAUUUAGUAAAAAUAAUCCAGAGCUUGAUUGGAAAUCGGCUUUAAAAAUGAUUACUAAUAAUUUUGAAGAGCAAAAGGAUAUGGAUAUUGAUUUUAUGACAGAAAAAUUAGAAAAAACGACAAACAGCAUUCAAUGGCUUAUGGAUCUUUAUGAUCCAUUGAGAUGGCGUAAAAUACCCGGAAAUUUGCACGAGAAUUGUAGAACAGAUAUGGAGUGGUUUCUAGGAGCACUGAAAAAGGGAAAAGUUUGGGCCGCAAAGAUGUCGGACGCUAGUGGAAGAUAUGCCUCGCAGUUUUUCUUUGGGAAUGGAUUUUGGCUCGGUUCAAGCAAUUUAUGUUCAGAACUCAAUAGUACAAAAGAAGAGGCUACUGAUGUUGCAAAUGAAAAACCUCCUUUUCCAGUCAAAUUUUAUGUUGCCAGAAUGUUUUUACAAAUGCCAAAGCAAUUUGAUGUCAGGGAAAGGCAACUUUUUCUAGGGCUGUGUUUACCGGUAACGUGUAAUGUGACUUCCGUGACAUCUAUGUUGAAAACAAUUGCUCAUAGAGUAGAAAGUGAAGGAAAUAUUAAUCAUCGAUCCAGUGGACCAAAGAUUUUGAUUUUUGCCGUUAAACCAGUACCAUCAUCUGAUUACAAUUUAUUGCAGGACAAAAAAUUUUUUAUUCUUGUAGGUGUUGGGGCAGUAAUAAUAUUUCUCAUGAUUUGCUCAGGAUUUUAUGAAUAUGGAAAUAUUACGAAUAUGGAUGAAUCAAAUUUUUGCAAUACUUCAACUAAUAAUGUGGAAAAUUGUCAAUACAUGGAAAACUUACCACAAGAUCACAAGAUAUACAUUCAUAAUCAUUGUAACAAACAAAUAUUUAGUAAAAUUUCAAAUGAUAAUGAAAGUAACGUACGCUUAGAACGUGUAAAAAAAGAAGAUUUGUGGCUCCGGUGCCUGUUGGCCUUCAAUCCAAUUAUCAAUGGUAGUAAAAUUAUAAACACAGAUCCUCCAGCUAGGGAUAGCUUAAAUUGUCUUCAUGGACUUCGAGUUUUUUCCUUGGGUUGGGUCGUUUUGGUUCACACAUAUCUUCAAGUUUUUUCCAUUGCUGAUAACAAAACUUUAAGGACUGUAACUGAGAGAAACGUUAUGUUUCAGACUAUAAGUAAUGCUACAUUUUCCGUCGACACAUUUUUUUUUAUUAGUGGUCUACUGGUAACAAUACUCUUUUUUCGCUCGAUGAAUAAUAUGAAAAAUGAAAAUAGGAGUUUUCUUGCGACAAGUUUGACCAAGUUUAUGAUUAUGAUCGUUUAUCGUUUUAUCCGUCUGACUCCAGCUUAUCUUUUUGUCCUUGGAAUGAACGAGAUUGCCAUAAAAUAUGCUUUGUCAAAAACAGUUUUCUCACCUGGCAUCAUUGAUCACUUAACUUGUGAAAAAUUUUGGUGGAGAAAUGCUCUAUAUUUAAAUUCUCUAUUUCCUCGAACAGAAAUGUGCAUGCUGUGGAGCUGGUAUAUGGCAAAUGACACUCAGUUCUAUGUUCUUGGAAUAUUUUUACUAUUACUUUCUAUUAAAUAUCUGAAAGCUGUAGCAAUUAUUGUAUUCCUUUUGAUUGUUUCUUCGUGGUUUACAACAUUCUCUAUUGCUUACAGCAAUGACUACAUUGCUAGAAUUCAAGAACCAUUUGCACUUUUCGAUGAACUAUACGACAAGCCUUGGUUACGAGCUGGACCAUAUUUUAUUGGUACUGUCACUGGUUACAUUCUCUUUAAGAGCAAAUGCAAAGUUUAUAUUCCAAAUUACCUGAAAUUUCUCUGUUGGAUUAUUUCUAUUAUGAUAAUGCUGUCUGUAGUAUAUGGUCUUUACCCUGGAAAUUUAAGUAUUCUCACAAGUUCCAUAUAUGCAUCAUUAGGUCAUACAGCUUGGGCGAUGGCUAUUGCUUUUAUUGUCAUACAAUGCUGUACAGGGUCAGCUCCAAUAAUCGAUAGUCUUCUAUCCAUACGGUUAAUGCAUCCACUUUCAAGGUUAACAUACUGUGCUUAUCUGGUUCAUCCUGUGAUUAUGAUGAUUACAAGUACUCAAAUGGAUGGUCCUUUCCAUUUACAUAAUGGCUUAGUGUUAAUCAUAUACUUUGGAAAUUUAGUGGCUUCAUAUUUAUUGUCAUUUUGUGUAUCAAUUGCACUUGAAGCACCACUUGUCAAUUUGUUGAAGAUUGCUUUCACAUCAAAGAAAAGAAUAAAAUAACACGUUUUCUGCCUGUUAUAAAAACUACGAAUUGAUUCUUUUUUAGGUUCAUCUAACGCUGACCAGAAUCCAUUUACAUAAUUAUAUACGUGGCUUACGGACAUGAAUUGGUAUAUGAGUUAACGUAGAUUUCUUUAUGAAAUCCUGUAUAUUUUUUCUGCAAAUUUAUAUACAUCAUAUUCGAAUAUUUUGCGCAGUAGUUUUCCAUCAAUUCUACGGCUCGAUCACUACAUUUUACAAUUGAAUAAUAUGUUCGCACAAAAAAAAGCAUAUAUACAAAAUCACUCUACUAUGUAUAAAAAAACAACACAGAAAAAAAGAUAUUUUCUAAAGAAAAAUACCUUACGCAUAUAUUUUAUAUUGCAGAACAAAAAAAAUAGAAUAUGGGAGAUACGAAGUAUAUGCCAUAUGAGGUAGUGUAAUUGUACAAAAUAAAAAACAGAUGAAGAAUAAUUUAUAAUCACUCUAAUGUAUUGUGCAGAAAAUGUACAGAAACAAUACAAUGAGUUAGAUUUAGUUUAUGUUCCUUUUUUCAAAAUAUUUUUAAUAGUAUAUUAACUAUUUUUUUUAUACUUUAUUAUAAAAUUUUGUAAAAAAACAACUAAUGAUUUACAUGUACGUAAAAUUAACUUAUUGAUGGAAGUUAAUUAAGAAUUAAAAUGUAAUAAAAACAAUUAUUUUUCUACUGUGAUAAAUAAAUUUUUCAUUAAUAGUUA